AUACUACUGCACUCUGGUCACACUCAGGCCAAGUGAAAACACAUUUUACCAAAAACAUUGUUGUGAUUGCACAUUUUUCGUGAUUUGCCUAAGAAUUAUAGCCUGAUAUACAACAUGAUUAUUCCAAUCCGUUGUUUCACCUGCGGCAAGGUCAUUGGCAACAAGUGGGAGUCGUAUUUGGGUCUCCUGCAAGCGGAAUACACCGAAGGAGAUGCCCUAGAUGCUUUGGGUCUAAAAAGGUACUGCUGCCGUCGCAUGCUCCUGGGCCACGUGGAUCUCAUCGAGAAACUGCUCAACUAUGCUCCUCUGGAGAAGUGAACGGCGCAAUGGAAACCAUCCAGACUGGACUUGGGAAUAGAAACUCUAGAUUUUAUUGUAAAAUUACAAAUUAAAGCUUGAUCGAUAGCCCUA